AGCUUGCAAGAGAGAUUGAAUCCACUGCUAUGAGCUCUGCUCAGGCCAAGAAAGAAAAGGAGAUGGCUCAACGUAGGGCGCAGGAGAAGAAGGCCGCAGAGUUUGCUAAGCAAGAAGCCAUGGCCAUGCUGAAGUCUCAAGUUCAACAGAAGGUUCCAUUCGGAGUUGAUCCUAAGUCUGUUCUCUGUGUGCUGUUCAGAGACGGUAAGUGCCCAAGGGGUGCCAAGUGCAAGUUCUCGCAUGAUAUGGAUGUUGGUAAGAAGGCCACGAAGAAGGACCUGUACACAGACGAUAGAAAACAGAAAGAAGCCGAUACUAUGGAUAACUGGGAUGAAGAAAAACUGCGUUCUGUUAUCACCUCCAAGCACGGCAAUGCACAGACCACCACUGAUAAGGUGUGUAAGUUCUUCAUCGAGGCUGUGGAGAAUGAAAAGUACGGUUGGUUCUGGGUUUGUCCAAACGGGGGUAAUGAGUGUAAAUAUAGACACUCUUUGCCUGAAGGGUUCGUACUGAAGACCAAAGAGCAGAAGAGACUGGAAAAGAUGGCAUUGGAAAACCAACCAAAAAUCACUCUUGAAGAGUUUAUCGAGACUGAGAGACAUAAAUUACCAAAAACCGGCCUUACACCUGUCACAAUUGAAUCUUUCAACAAGUGGAAAUUGGAUAACAAGAUCAAGAAGGAGAACGAUAAGAAGAAAGAGAAGACCAAACUUACAGGUAGAGAGAUCUUUGAGCAGAAGUUCCUCAACAAGACCUUUAACCAAGAUGAAGAAGACGAAGGUGAAGAUGCCUUCGACAUGUCUGAGUUUAAAAAGGCUUUGGAACCUGAAGAUGAAAACAUCAAAGAUUAUGGUGAUGGUUCAAACGUUACAUUCGAGAUGCUGAAGGCCAAGGAUGAAGAAAAGUCCUUAGAGAAGAUUCCAGAGGAUGCUCCAGUGGAUGUCCCAGAGCAGAAAACACAAUCUGCCCAACCCGAGCAAGAGGAGGAGAAACCAGAAAAGGUUGAACAAGAACAAAUUAAUCCAGAGGUUGUGGAAACAUCUGCUUAGGUUUGCAUUUAGCAUUUCUUCCCUCUCAUUGUUCUUAUCAUACAUUGUGAUGAAUCUUCUUUGUAAUGAAGUCCAACGUUGGGAAAGUACUAUGAUUCUUACACCAAGAGGAAUAAAUAGUAACCAUACACACUUAAACAAUUCUUCAUCAAUGCUCAUUUUCCUGUACACUAAUAACAUGAUAUCAUA